CUUUGCAGCAACCUGAGCCCCUGCAGUUGAAUUCUUAACCCACUGAGCCUUGCUAUUUUUGAAGUGGGCUUAAAUGUGGGUGAAACAAUAAAUUUUAGAGUCCCUGUAACAUGUUAUGUAUAUUUUCUUUCAAGAAAAUGUGUCAUAUAAGGUUUGUAGCUUUACUGAAAUGCUUAAAAGACCUUAACUAAAUUUGAAAUCACCUUUUUAACUAUUCAAGGAAAUUGGUUCAUGAAAUGUGUAGUUUGACUUAUUAGUUGCAUAAUUGUGUUUAAAUAUUUGGGAAAAUGUGCUUAAUCAAUGUAAAAGCUUAAAAACCUGAACAUUAAACAAAAGUAAAUAGGGGUAAGUGGUCUUUCCAUGCCAGAAGCCCCUAACACGUGAAGGAUCCUAGCAACAGACAAGACGGCUAUUAUCCAGUAGAUUCAACUGACCGUACCUCGGAACAAAAAAAGCAUGAGGUUUGGCUACUACUAUUGAAAACAAAAUCCAAAUUAAUAUGCUUAGCAGGAAAACCCAGUUAGCAGCUGCAUGGGUUGCCUUUUACGAUCAUGUCUUUUGACAAGUGUUGUAUAAGUUGUGAUUUGAUGAGGCUUGAAUCAUGGACAAAUAUUUUGCCAUGUUCAGCUCCCAAGUAUAAGCCCAAGAUUUGUUCCUUUAAAACAUCUCUGAGGCCAAGUUUUUAAAUGAGGGGAACGGAGAGGUGAGGGUUUUAGAGAAAGAGUCAGCCAAGCAAUCUGGCUAAUCAUAGGACUUUUAAGAAAAGGAAAGAUUAUAUAGCAGAAAUGAUCAGAACGUUGUAAAUCAACUAUACUUCGAUAAAACUUUUUUAAAUAAAACUUUUAAAAAGAAAAGAUUAAUAUUCAGUGUCCUGCUGCAUGGCUGCUAAACCCUUCCCGUCUCUCCCAAAUGUUCAUUAAAGUUGCCAAAUAAACAGACAUUUCCAAGGUUGACAUAGUUUCACUUCACAGAGCUAUCAUGAAAGAACAAGUCAUAUUUUCAAUGGAUGCUAAUGUAAUAUAAUUAAUGGAUACAUGGAUGUUUCUUCCUGCUGCCGACAGCAGUCAAGGUUCUGGUAUUUUUCUGGAAUGGUUAUUUUGACUUGCCACUUGGCUGGCAGACUAAGAUCCUCUGCGGAUUCUCAGAGGACUUAUGAGCUAAUAAUGCUUAGGGAUUUCGUGUCCUGAAGAACUCUUUAAUCCCAUGCUUCCUGAAGCCCACUCUAAGCCAGGACCUUCUGUCACAUCCCAAGAGUUACAGGCCGUUUGAAAGCUCUGCUCAACAACCUUUCUGUUCGGCCUUUGGGUGUCCUGUGAGGAGCCCCUUGGGGCUCUCCGGGUGACUUGGACCAAGAUGCAUCGCCUUCUUGGCGCUCUGCCUCUGGUGGUGCUCUGAGGGGCUUCCUUUCUGAACACGGCAGCAGAAGCCGCGCCAUGGGUGAGAUCAGCCAAGAAUCGGUAGAGAAAUACCUGGAGGACAACCCUCAGUUUGCAAAGGAGUACUUUGACAAGAAGCUGCGGGUGGAGGCGGGGGGAGAAAGCUCGCAGCCCGGCGGGGCGCAGGCCAGCGCAUCCUUCCCCGGCCUGACGCUGGCGGAGGAGGCGGCCGUGUGCCUGGAGUUGCUGGGGAUCCUGCGCGAGGAGGCGGGCAGCGCUGAGCUGGCGGUGCACCGGGCCCUGCAGAGGCUGGCGCAGCUGCUGCAGGCCGACCGCUGCAGCAUGUUCUUGUGCCGGGCCCGCAACGGCACGCCCGAGGUGGCCUCCAAGCUGCUCGAUGUCACCCCCACUUCCAAGUUUGAGGACAACCUGGUGGUCCCCGACAGAGAAGCUGUGUUUCCGUUGGAUGUUGGGAUAGUGGGCUGGGUGGCUCACACGAAGAAAACCUUUAAUGUCCCAGAUGUGAAAAAGAACAACCAUUUUUCUGACUUCAUGGACAAACAAACCGGGUAUGUCACCAGGAACCUACUGGCAACCCCCAUCGUGAUGGGCAAGGAGGUUCUUGCUGUGAUUAUGGCAGUUAACAAAGUAGAUGCACCUGAGUUUUCCAAACAGGAUGAAGAGGUCUUUUCCGAAUACCUCAACUUUGUUUCUGUCAUCCUAAAGCUUCAUCAUACCAACUACCUGUACAGUAUUGAAUCCCGAAGAAGCCAGAUCCUUAUGUGGUCAGCCAACAAAGUAUUCGAAGAGCUCACGGAUGUUGAGCGGCAAUUUCACAAAGCACUCUACACUGUUAGAACAUAUCUGAACUGUGAACGUUACUCCAUUGGAUUGCUGGACAUGACCAAGGAGAAGGAAUUCUAUGAUGAAUGGCCAAUCAAGCUGGGAGAAGUUGAGCCUUAUAAAGGUCCAAAGACGCCAGAUGGCAGAGAAAUCAUCUUUUAUAAGAUCAUCGAUUACAUUUUACAUGGAAAAGAAGAGAUCAAGGUCAUUCCGACACCUCCCACAGACCACUGGACUCUUGUUAGUGGGUUACCUACAUAUGUUGCUGAAAAUGGAUUUAUCUGCAACAUGCUGAACGCCCCCGCGGAUGAAUACUUCACAUUUCAGAAAGGACCUGUAGAUGAAACUGGCUGGGUCAUUAAAAACGUCUUGUCCCUGCCUAUUGUCAAUAAGAAAGAAGACAUCGUGGGAGUAGCUACAUUUUACAACAGGAAGGAUGGAAAGCCUUUUGAUGAGUAUGAUGAACACAUCACUGAGACUCUCACACAAUUUCUUGGAUGGUCUCUUUUAAAUACUGACACCUAUGAGAAAAUGAAUAAGCUAGAAAACAGAAAGGACAUCGCUCAGGAAAUGCUCAUGAACCACACCAAAGCUACUCCUGAUGAAAUCGAGUCUAUUUUGAAAUUUAAAGAGAAAUUAAAUAUAGAUGUAAUUGAAGACUGUGAAGAAAAACAACUUGUCACAAUUUUGAAAGAGGACCUGCCAGACCCACAGGCCACAGACCUGUAUGAAUUCCGCUUCAGCGACUUCCCCAUCACAGAGCAUGGGCUGAUAAAAUGUGGACUUCGGCUAUUUUUUGAAAUAAAUGUGGUGGAGAAAUUCAAAGUACCUGUAGAGGUUCUCAUCAGAUGGAUGUACACAGUGAGGAAGGGGUACCGGGCUGUCACCUACCACAACUGGCGACAUGGGUUCAAUGUGGGACAGACCAUGUUCACUUUGCUGAUGACAGGAAAACUGAAGAAAUACUACACGGAUCUUGAAGCCUUUGCCAUGCUUGCUGCUGCCUUCUGCCAUGACAUUGACCACAGAGGCACCAAUAAUUUGUACCAGAUGAAAUCUACAUCUCCAUUGGCAAGGCUUCAUGGAUCUUCCAUCUUGGAGAGGCACCACCUGGAGUAUAGCAAGACUCUCCUGCAGGAUGAGAGUCUAAACAUCUUCCAGAACCUAAAUAAACGGCAGUUUGAAACAGUUAUUCAUUUAUUUGAGGUUGCAAUAAUAGCAACUGACCUGGCUUUGUAUUUCAAGAAGAGAACAAUGUUUCAAAAAAUUGUUGAUGCCUGUGAAAAGAUGGAAACUGAAGAAGAGGCCAUCAAAUAUGUAACCUUUGAUCCAACCAAAAAAGAGAUUAUCAUGGCAAUGAUGAUGACUGCAUGUGACUUGUCAGCUAUAACCAAACCCUGGGAGGUACAAAGUCAGGUAGCACUUCUGGUUGCCAGUGAAUUUUGGGAACAAGGAGAUCUGGAGAGAACAGUGCUGCAGCAACAACCUAUUCCUAUGAUGGACAGAAACAAAAAAGAUGAACUGCCUAAACUUCAAGUUGGAUUUAUUGAUUUUGUUUGUACUUUUGUAUAUAAGGAGUUCUCACGGUUUCACAAAGAAAUCACACCUAUGCUGAAUGGUCUUCAAAACAACAGAGUGGAAUGGAAAUCCUUAGCUGAUGAGUAUGAUGCAAAGAUGAAGGUAAUUGAAGAGGAGAUGAAAAAGCAGGAAGAAGGAGAUACGACUGAAAAAGCUGCAGAAGAUGCAGGAGGUGGUGGUGACGACAAAAAGUCCAAAACAUGUCUAAUGCUGUAAUAGACAACUGGUCUAAAUUUCAAAUAUUGUUUCUACAUUUAAAGAAAGAAAGAAAACAUUCAAAAGAACUUAAGCAAAUUUCAUUCAGCAAACCAUCAAGUAACAGUAAGAGAAUCUUCAGAAAAGCUACCCUGUGUCUUAUCAUCAGAAAAUAUAUUGCUAGCCUGAAAGCCCUGAGGGUAAAAUAAAGUUCAACAAAAGUGCAAAAUAAGACAAAAAUAAGUGCAUUUCCGGUGCCAAUUUGUUUUAAAUUAAAAAUAAUAUAAUCCUGAAA